UACACACACCUCCUUGAAGGACAUUGAUCACAAUCAUCGGCGUUAGAGAGGAGGACAACGUUGUAAUUGAGCACCAAACAAGGAAAUUCAACGUUGUCGAAAGAUUUUUGUCCCAAAUGGCUUCUCCACUAAUCAAUCGCUCUCGCAAAACCAAACCCUAGCUCCACCUCUCUCUCUCUCUCUCUCUCUCCCUCUCUCUCCCUCUCCACUGCGCCAGAUCUUCUCACGGUACCUUCGUGUUUUACUUCCUACAUUUACAGUCCUUGCAUAUUUGUGUAUCUUUUUGUUUUGUUGACAUCUUGUUCGAUCAAUUUCCCUUUGCCACCUAGCUUUAUUGAAUGUCAUUUUCAGACCAGAAAAAGAAAUUUAUUACUUUUUUUCGUAAUAAAUAUGUUCUGGACAUAAAAUGGUAAUGGGGUAGUGAUUGAAGCUCCUGUAUUGAAUUCGUGUAUGGUGGCAGUGAUUCUAAGUGUUAAUCUGCACAAAGCUCUUGUGCCCCCUUGGAAAGUUAAAUUGUUGAGGUGGAAAGUGUAAUUACAUUACAGAGAGAGAGAGAGAGUGAGUGAGUGAAAGAAAGAGACUUUACAACUAUUCAGUGAGGCUUGUGAAAGGAUAGGUUGAAUUGGGCUGGAAAUGGGAUUGGGAAUUGACAUUGACUGAAAACGAAGGGAGGGAUGCAAGUUUAUUUGAUAGUUAAUUACGUAUGUUUCGGCGUCUUGGAUGGUGGGUUGGUCUAAAUUAUAGAAGCUGGUCAGGAAAGAGGUUGGCAGAUGCCCAGCCUCACCCGGCGAAGAUUAAGCCUGUGGCUAUGUUUGACACGGUACAGGAGAUUGCUGUUUAUAUUCAUAGGUUUCACAAUCUCGACCUUUUUCAACAAGGCUGGUAUCAACUCAAGAUUACCAUGCGAUGGGAGAACAGCGAGUAUAAUUCUGUGGGUACUCCAGCAAGAGUUGUCCAAUAUGAAGCUCCAGAUAUAGGUGCUGAUGACGUAUAUGGAGUGUGGAUGAUUGAUGAUACAGACAAUAGCUUUUCAACACAGCCUUUCCGGAUAAAAUAUGCAAGGCAGGAUGUGUUGCUAUCAGUUAUGAUAUCGUUCAAUUUAUCUCUUGGCAAAACUGAGGGUCCACCCAUGUCAGCUGUAAUUUUGAAGUUUGAGCUUAUGUAUGCACCCAUAUCGGAGACUGGGUCUAACUUGCAGGCUUCUCUAAGUGCUUGCUCUGCUGCAGUCCAUGAAUUUCGAAUUCCUCCUAAAGCUCUUUUAGGUUUGCAUUCAUAUUGCCCUGUUCAUUUUGAUGCACUACAUGCUGUGCUCGUUGAUGCAAGUGUACACAUUAGUCUACUUAAAGGUGAAUCAUAUAUAGCUGCAGAAAAGCUUCCAAGUGAUUCUAUUAGUACCACAGUUGCUGAUGGUGAAAGUAAUGGGUCAAACCAGGCACAGGGUCAGUUGGAUACGACGGAUUCAAAAGCUGUCAUGCUUAUCAAGUCAUUAGUAGCUGCUCGUGACAUUCUACUUGAAGAGUUACAAAGGUUCAGCAAAGCUGCCGAUCAAGUUAUUGAUUUGGAUGAGUUUAUAUCAAAAAUGGAUGAUAUAAAGCUUUCUGAUUCUGUCUCUCAAGGAAAUUUUUCUGUCAUAAAUGGAAAAUUUUCUGGACAAGGCAAGCUACAAAAUGUUUCUGAGAAUGAGAAUGGUACUUUAGACCUACAAUGUGGUGAAUCACUCCUCUCUUUGCCAAAGAGUGUUCUAUUAAACACGCUUCAUUUAUUGGGCGAUCAAGUGUUAUAUUUAUGGAACACAUUUUUGCAGUUCCACAGGUCCAAUAAAACUAGGAUAUUGGAAUAUCUGCGUGAUGGUUGGGCUAAAGAUAGAAGGGCAGAAUGGUCAAUAUGGAUGGUAUACUCUAAGGUUGAGAUGCCUCAUCAUUUUUUAAAUAGUGGUACAGAUGAUUCUUCUCCCCAUAGUGUUCAUAAAAGAGUAUCAAGUAUUUGGAAGCUCACUGAUGAUCCAGCCCAGACUGCUGCUAUGCGUGCUGAGCGCCAUCGGCGAAGUAUUGCUCAAAUGAAAAUUAAUAAUCGGUCAAUCCAAGACAUGUACAUAUUUGGAGAUCCCUCUCGUAUUCCUGUUCUUAUUGUGGAGCGUGUCAUGAAUGCACCAACGCGUGCUACUAGUGAAAAUUCUUACUUGAGACAUUUGGAUGUGAUUAAUUCACCUGCUUUACUUAGUGCACGUGGCUCUGAAGCUGUUAAGCUAACUGGCACUAACAAACCAAAGAAUGGUCGUGUUUUAAAGGUGGUUGUAUUCGUGCAUGGGUUUCAGGGCCAUCAUCUGGAUUUAAGGCUUGUACGGAAUCAAUGGCUUUUGUUCGAUCCCAAGAUAGAGUGUCUUAUGUCAGAGGUAAAUGAAGACAAAACAUCUGGAGACUUUAGAGAAAUGGGACUAAGGCUGGCCCAGGAAGUGAUUUCUUUCCUAAAGAAAAAAAUGGAUAAGGUUUCAAGACAUGGGAUCUUGACUGAUAUUAAGCUUAGCUUUGUUGGACAUUCUAUUGGAAAUAUCAUUCUAAGAACGGCACUAGCAGAAAGCAUAAUGGAGCCAUACCUAAGGUACCUGUAUACAUAUGUCUCUAUAUCCGGUCCACACUUGGGGUAUCUCUACAGUUCGAACUCUUUAUUUAAUUCUGGACUAUGGCUUUUGAAGAAGUUCAAGGGCACCCGGUGCAUUCACCAACUUACUUUCACGGAUGAUUCCGACAUUCAGAAUACAUUCUUUUACAACCUGUCCAAGCAAAAGACACUGGAGCACUUCAGGCAUAUAAUCCUGCUAUCUUCGCCACAGGACGGUUACGUACCAUACCAUUCUGCUAGAAUUGAUAUGUGCCAGGCAGCUUCAUGGGAUCACUCAAAGAAAGGCAAAAUAUUUUUGGAGAUGCUGAAUGAUUCUUUGGACCAAAUUCGGGCUCCUUCACCAGAACAGAGAGUGUUUUUGCGUUGUGAUGUCAACUUUGAUACUUCUUCCUAUGGGAAGAACUUAAACACCUUCAUAGGACGAGCUGCUCAUAUAGAGUUUUUGGAAUCUGACAUUUUUGCAAGGUUUGUGUUGUGGUCUUUUCCGGAACUAUUUCGGUAAAAGCUGCAUGAACUGCUUUUGCAGUGAUCCAGCUUUUCUGACCUGUUAUCCAUAGCGAUCUUCCAUCAGUCUAAUUUUCUCUAACAUAGUGGACAAGAAGACGGUGGUGUUUUAUUAUGUCCUUGCAGAUGGAUUAAGAUGAUGAGGAAAGGUGUGGGAGACAUUGGCCAUUGUAAAUUAUUAGCAUGAAGCUAAUUUCAUGUAAGGAAUUUUAGCUGAAAAGUUACACCAAGGCUCUGAAAAAUGAUAGUGUUGUGUAAAUUAGUGUAGGUUUAGAUAAAAUUCCUUUUUUUUUUUUUGUGAUAAUGUCCAUCUUCCAAGUACAGCUAGAAGCCGUAACAAGGAGUUGGACACUUGGAAUACGUAGUGGUCCUGGUAUAAUAAACUUGGUAAAUACUAGUUUAGUUUUUAGUUUUUCUUGAUGGAGCCAAACAAAGAAAAUUAUUAGGGUUGCUCUCGAUAUAAUUUCUGAUAAGAGUAUCGUUUUGAGAUUUUCUUUGUCAA